AAACACAACUUUUCGAUUACAGUCGUCGUUCGCCGGCCAACUCGAAGACAACGCAAACCACUUAACCGUGUCUGUACUAAGUCUGUACUUAAAACUCUGUCUCCAGUCGAUAAUUACCUCGCGUUAAUUCGCAGAGACGCACACGUUGUGUAUGUGUCCGGCCUAUAGACGUUGUUGAACGCGUCUCGCCCCCAGAACAACAAGCGAGCAGGGUUGUCGGAGAAGAGCCCAGUGGAAAAAAGGUGAAAAUUCGCUAUUUUUGACCGGUUUUCGGUAGGUAGCUACUACGACAACAGUCAAUCGACGAAAAUGAAGAGUGCCAUUGUCGGAUUUAUGCUGUUGGUGAUGGCGGCCACCAUCAAGGCUCACAUACACUUUAUGAGGUUAGCCCUACUGUGCAUUCUGGGAUUGGCCGGCAUGUGGAUGAUGCACAAGCUGGCGCAGGAUUGGCAGAAGAUAUCCGGUAGCAAUAGGCCGGUGCAAACGGCGGGCAGACUUUUGGGCUUGUGGAAGAGAUCAAUUCCAGACGCGACUAUGGACACCUAUGUGGAAGAAUCAAUGAACAAUUUCUAUAAAUUUGACGAAAUUCUUAAAUUCGACAAGAGCAUGUGCGCCAGAAAAAUGGUUUGCCAAAUCGCGGCCACGCCUAAAAAUCUACUUAACCAAGUCGAAGUCAACAUACUCAAAAUGUUGAGCCCUGACGAACACUUUGGUGACAAUCCGGCCAAAGACAUUUUCCGAAAGGCUAUGGACUUGGGACACCGGAAGAAGAGCACAAAGGCUUGCGACGCGGAAUACAAAAAAUGUCGUUUCAACACCCAUCAAAUGUUCAAAUUGUUCACAUCAUUCAUGUAACGUUAGGUCCGGACAGUUCUGUCUGAAUAUGUACAAAUAAAUUAUGAAUGAGAAAGAAAAUUUAAAAAAAAAAAUGUAGUGUUUGCUAGACAUGUGUAAAUAUUUGGGUGAAAAAACCCUGUAUUGUUGUAACAUCAUUUUUGUUGUUCAUAUUAUAAAAAUAUUCUUACCUAUUUUGCCUUUGCUGCACGAGUUAGUUACAUUGGUUUGUUAUGUUCCCGUUGGAUUCACUCGGCCAUUUUAAAACAGAAAAUAAUACUUAUUAUAAUAAUUUUUAUUAAGACAGCGAACAGAUGUUAAUAUUACAGGAAUCACCUAGUUUAUUAAUCAACAUUGAAUGUUUAUCCUAUUAUUUUAUAUAUUAUUAAUUAUUUUAUUAUAUUGUAUACACGUUACAGUAAUUAGUGCCGUUCGAGUGCAGCGUGCUGCGUGUGUGAUUUAAACUCUAUUAUAAUAUUAGUAUUGUUAUUGUAUUUUUUCUUACAACAUAACUUUUGUAAAUGUACCUAAUUCUUAAUAUGUCGAAUGACAUUUACUUGUGGUUGUUUAGUUUAUGAGUAAAUAAAUAUUUUGUUAUUUUUUUUCAGAAUAAGUGUACAAUAUGAUAAUAUUAUAUUAUGUAGUAUAGUUAUAAAUAAAACGAUUAUUUUAUUAUAA